GCAAAAAAAUCCUUGCGACUCCCAAACCCUCCCCUCCUCUUCCCGGCCGCCGCCGCCGCUUCCGACCUAAGCGGGUUCCACGCCGCCGGCCGAGCCCGCCUGAAGGAAGAACUCGUAGCGGCACGGUUACCGGCACCGAUGGCGGAGGAGGGGACCCCGCAGCAGCUGCCGUUCGUGAAGGAGACGGUGCUGAAGAAGCGGAAGGAGAACGAGGCAUGGGCCGUCAAGAACCGGGAGCGCAAGGCGGCCAAGAGGCAGCGCCGCCGCGACGAAGGCAAGGGCACCAUUAAGCGGCCUGAGGAAUUCGUCAGGGAGUUCCGCAACAAGGAGCUCGACUUCCGACGGAUGAGGACGCGCCUCAAGGUCCGCAAGCAGCCGCCCGCCGAGGGGCUCAGCUCCAAACUCAUCUUCGCGAUUCGCAUCCCUGGCACUGUGGACUUGCAUCCGCACAUUAAGAAGGUCUUGAGGAAGCUGCGGCUGACGCAGGUCCUCGUCGGCGUGUUCCUGAAGGCCACUGAAUUAACUCUGAAGAGGCUCCUUGUUGUUGAACCGUUUGUCACCUACGGGUUCCCGAACUUGAAGAAUGUGAAGGAGCUUAUUUACAAGAAGGGCCGUGGGUUCUGGGACAAGGAGCCUUUCCCUCUUACCAGCAAUGAUCUAAUUGAGAAGGCUCUUGGAGAUCAUGGCAUCAUAUGCUUGGAAGACAUUGUGCACGAAAUUUCCACAGUUGGGCCACACUUUCGAGAAGCAUCAAGCUUCCUCAUGCCCUUCAAGCUCAAGUGUCCAGAGAGAAGGCUGCAGAUGAAGAAGAAACCCUACAAGGAUGGUGGUGACUCGGGCAACCGUGGGGAUAAAAUCAACGAACUAAUCGAAAAGUUGAACUAAAGGCAGAGCCAUGUCUGCAGAGGUCCUUGUCUGACAAGUGAUGGAUCCAUUACCUUAUCAGUUUUGUAAUAUCAUAGCUGAAUGUACCUUUAAUUUUGAAACCCUACCUGAAUCCUCGGUGUCAGAUUAUGAAAUAGCAGAAUCUGGUUUCAUCU